AAAUAAAAUCUCUUUAAAUUGUACAUGUGUUUCCGAUAAGCAACCAAUUUAGUAGGAAUAUCAAUUUGUUAAUUUAAUUCGUUUGAUUGAAAAUCGCUUGUGUUUUUAAAUAAUGGGAAAGACAAGGAAAGUAAAAGUUAAAAGUGUGCAGCGAAACUUGCCUUUGGCCCAACAACUUGAAGAAGAUGCUAUUGUUAAACCGUCAACUCGGGUUAGGAAAACUGAUGAUGAACAGCCCGCUGAAAAGUUUAUCGAGGGUCGUUUAAGUAAAAAGAUAUUGUUAGAAGCGCGUCAUCAGCAAGACGAAUUGGAGGAAGAAUUAGGACUUAAGGAUGAUGUAUCUAAAGAUCUUGGUGCUAUUAUUUCCAACCUAGAUAUCAAAGAGGGUGAAGGUAUACAAGAUGAUGUUUUCGUCAAUGUUGAUGAUCAGGAAGCCUAUUACAAAGAUCUCAAAGUCAGUGAAGCUGAUGAAAUAGCUCUUCAACUCUUCAUGAAUCCAAAACAAAAAGACAAGAAAACUUUAGCAGAUUAUAUUAUGGAAAAGUUGAAAGAAAAGGAAACAGAAGUCAACACCCAAUUUUCUGAUAUUGCCAGUGUUAAAAUGCAAGAUUUAGAUAAAGAAAUUGUCGAAUUGUAUAAAGGUGUUAAGCUUGUUUUGUCUAGAUACAGGAGUGGUAAAAUACCAAAAGCGUUCAAGAUUAUUCCGGCUCUCUCCAAUUGGGAGCAAAUUUUGAGCAUCACAGAUCCAGAUAAUUGGACAUCAGCGGCAAUGUAUCAAGCUACUCGUCUAUUUACUGCAAAUUUGAAGGAUAAAAUGGCCCAGAGAUUUUUUAAUUUAAUUUUAUUACCUAGGAUUCGUGAUGAGAUAUCUGAAUACAAAAGAUUAAAUGUUCAUCUUUACCAAUCUUUGAAAAAAGCCUUAUUCAAACCUGGAGCAUUCUAUAAAGGUAUCGUGUUACCUUUAUGUCAAGAUGGUGACUGUACUCUUCGGGAAGCUGUUAUAAUUUCGAGUAUUUUAGCGAGAACAAGUAUACCUUUGAUGCAUUCAUGUGCAGCAAUGUUGAAAAUAGCUGAAAUGGAAUACAGUGGAGCCAACAGUAUCUUCUUAUUGACAUUAUUGAGAAAAAAGUAUGCUUUACCAUAUCGAGUUAUUGAUGCCAUUGUAGCCCAUUUUCUGCGCUUUUCAACUGAUAAACGAGAUUUACCUGUUCUUUGGUACCAAGCACUUUUAGCAUUUGUGGAAAAUUACUCUAAAGACAUUUCAGAUGAGCAAAAAGAUGCUCUCACAGAUCUUUGUAAGAUACAUCGGCAUCACAAAAUAACUCCUGUUAUUUUAUCACAUAUUCACCAAAAAAUGGACGAAUAAAUUACCCCUGUUUAUAUCAUAAAUGAUGAUUGCUUAAUAUUAUCAACUUGAGGUGUGAAAAUAAAAUUCUAAAGUUUAUCUUCAAA